UCUUCGUCUUCUCUACCUUCUCUCUGCUCUGCUCGCUGGCGCAGGCCAGAUAUUUUUCUUCCGAUGAGAGUACACAUCUCGGCCUCCUCAUCUCUAUCUCUCCAGGAGGAGGACGACGGACCACCAAAUCCCAUACAUCUCUUCCCCUCUUCUCCGUCGACCUGCGCUUUUCUCCGAGAAAGUCGGCAGGAGAUGUCCUGAUUUCUACGUCCUUCUCCGGAUUUCUGGUGCCGUGCGACGGUAGUUCUUGCGGAGGAGAAAGCUCGAAUCUUUGUCGAUCUGUUCGUCCAACCGCUCUUUCUGACCACCGUCGAUUUCGGUCCUGAAUCUUUCUUUCCAUCCAUUUCAUCGGAGACAUAAACAUACACUGCUUCUUCUUGAUCCCAUGGGGGACGUGUCCACGAUUCAACGGCCACCCGGCAGUGUCGCCAAGCAGGGCAAUCAAGUUGGAGAGUUCGUGUCGGCUGGAUGGACAAACGACAGCCACGACAUGUACAUAAGCUCCAUGGAGGCCUCCUUCAUGCAGCAACUCCGUGGCCAACAGUUACAGCACCACCACGCUCACGCUCCUGCUAGUGCUAGGAACGUGACCCAUGUGGCCGGCCAUGGGCUCAAGGCGCUCCAUGUCCAAGAUGGAGCUCCGAAUGAGCUCAUGUCCGAGAGGAACGUCCCUCGCUCGCGUCAUGUGGGCGUAAGAGGCCUGCCCGAGGAUCCGUGGGCAAGGCGUUUCAGGCCACACAAACAUUAUUCUGGUAUGAAUCGUCACGGUGAUGUGGUGGGUGCUUCGGCCGAUGAUGGUGAAUCGGGUACCGAUACAGUUCAGAAGACUUAUCGGACACAUGGAAAAGAAGUGCACAGUUGUGCUGGCGAAAAUCUUGUUGGCAAAAGCUCAGAAGCCUCUGGUCAGAAUUUUCCUGAAGACGAUGUUCAUUCCAUUGCUCAGCGAAUCAAAUCAUGCAAGAAAAGGAGGACUGCCCCUUCCACCGCUGCAGGUUCUUUCACGUCGAUGCUCGAAUGCAGCGAUGAGCGGUGGUGAAGGCCAAUGUAUGUUUUCUGAAGCCCGGAGGAAGCGACGGAAGACUAGUUGUAGAAAUUCUUGCUGAAGCAGUUGUGAUAGGUGACUGGUGCGGCUGCUAAAUUUUUUAACUCGGCGGAUAGCUCUUGAUCGGUCUGCUCUUUCGGCGUGAUGGUGGUGAUGUGAUGAUGUGAUGUGUGAGCAUCAGGCUCAAGUUUGCAGAUCUGCGAGAGUGGAGGUGGUGAUGUGAUGCCUUGUAUUGGUGUAUUUCUUCAGCAUCUACAGUUUGCAAUUGAAUCAAUAGA